GUCCUGCCUCCCUGCUCCUCUGCUCCCCGGCGGCGCCCAGAACAAAAUCGGGGAGAAUCCCAUCCCGGAUUCCCGGUCACCCCCAACGUCUUCCUCGUCGCCUCGCCUUCCCCAAUUCGUCCACCAGUAACUCCCAAACUCUCCUCACUAGUCACCAUGGCUGCGCCCUCGCCCUGGGCGAAUCUCUCACCCAAGGAAGUCUCCGAGAUCGCCCGCCGUGUCCCCUGCGAAUGGGACCGCGCCCACAUGGCCUUCGUGUGCCGCUCAUGGCGCGCGGGGCUCGCAGCUUCCCCGCCCCCGCCGCUCCCGCGGCUCCUCCUGCCGUCCGACGACUUCACUCGCGUAGCCUGCAUCCUUAGCGGCUGCAGCAUCCACCAGGGGCACCACGCCCCGUUCGGCCUGCGCUACCUCGGCUCGUGCGACGGCGGCUACCUCUUCCUCGCCAUGGAGCAGAGUCGCGGCCACCGCCUCAUGGGCCUCCUCCAGGAUGAAGGGGGGCACAUCCACAUCCACUUCCUCCCCGACGAGGUCUGCACCCGCUACAACCCGUCGGCCCAGCACGUCCACAGCAUGGUCAUCCUCGCCGCCACCCUCUCGUCCGCGCCCGAUGUCCCAGGCUGCCUCGCCGCCGGCAUCGUCACCUAUCAGCGGGACGUCGACGGCCCGCGCCAGCUCCGCUGCGCGAUCUGGCGCAUCAGUGAUCGGGUGGUGUACGACAUCACGCCCCCCUACAUCACCGAACAUGUGGAGGACCUCGUGUACCGCGACGACGGGUGCUUCCAUUUCCUCACCGACGAGGAGCACAUCCUCGCGUGCGCGCCGACCUUCGUUCAGGAUGGGGACGAGGCGCUGCGGGGAGUAUCGCUCUCCUCGACGCUACGCCGCUGCGUGCCCAGGGACACCAGUCACGAUGGGUUCGUUCGAGCUCGUUACCUGCUCGAGUCCCGCGGCGAACUGCUGAUGAUCGUCAGGUUCGCUCCCGAUCCUGAUUCGCCGACGUCGGGGUUCAAGGUGUUCAGCCGGAUUGGACCGCUGGCGCUCGAGGACGACGGCAGCAGCGGCAUGGUUGGGCGCCCCUAUACCUGGAGCGAGCUGGACACGCUGGGUGGCCGGAUGCUGUUCGUGGGGAGAGGCUGCUCCAGAUCCUACGAAACGGCCGACUACCCGGGGUUCAAGGCCGGCAUCUACUUCUUGGAUGAUCGGAGCUUCUACGAGGAGGAGAUGAUGUUCCGCUGUGUCAAUGAGAGGCAGUAUCUCUGCAAUGACAACGGCAAGUGGUCAGAAGGGCCGCGUUCGGUUGUCGAGCGCUUCUUCCCGGAGCAGGUGCCUUCCAACCACUCUUCUCCGGCUUGGUUUCUCCCUCGUCAAAGACGUGCAGCUUGCCUUCCGAAAGAUAUUCUGAUAGAGAUCGCCCGACAUGUCCGGUGCGACGCUGGACGCAUUCGCGUGCUCCACGCCUGUCACCUGGCGUCCGCUGACCUCGGGGCGGCGGCGCCGCCGCCGCAACUCCCGUGGCUGCUCCACCCGUUGCCUGGAGGGCCCUCAUUCUCCUGCUUAUAUUGUGGGGACGGCGCGGAAAGCGUCAUCCACAGCGUGCGCACCCCCGCCGACGCCCGCUUCGCUCGCUACUUCGGCUCAUACGACGGCCGGUGGGUGUUUCUCGCCGGCGGCCCGGUUCAUAAGUUGGUCAAUAUUCUGAACGGGAAGGUAUACUUGCUCCCUGGACGUGUUGCGUACCCGCGGAACGGCCGGGACGACAUGGCCAUUCUCGCCGCCACGCUCUCGUCGUCACCCGACAAUGAGGGUUGUGUUGCGGCCGCAAUUGUGCAAAUGGAUUACCUCAACAAGCCCAAGGGGAUUGUUUUCUGGGAGAUGACAUCAGCUGUUGGCGUGGACCCGUUCGCACCUUCGAGCAUAAAGAUGGAUCCGGAAGAUGUACUGUUCCACAACUCAUCUUUCUAUUUCAUCACAAGCACAUCAGAGAUAUUAGUCUGGAAACCGGAUGUGUCUCAGGGUCUGCUCCCCCACGACAAUUGGAGCUCGUACCGCAUCCAGUAUGGAACUGACGGACUCCACUAUCAGCAGAUCCGUUCUCGGUAUCUUGUGAGCUCCCGCGGAGAACUACUGAUGGUGAUGAAGUGCGGUCAGCAGAAGAAUUGUCGAGCUGAAUACUUCAGGGUGUUCCAUGUUACCGGCCUUGAUGAAACAAAACCACCUUUCGCUCCAUGUCUCUGUACUGAGCUGAAGUCGCUUGACGGCCGGAUGUUAUUCUUGGGACGAGGGCACUCUAGAAGCUACGAGACCAGCGAUUUUCCAGGGUUUCUCAGCGGCAUCUACUUCUUGGAUGAUAAUGGCUCAAACCAAAUAGACAAGGCAUCCUACUCUUGCAACGACAACGGGAGGUGGUCGUCAGGAUCGCCUCCCAUAAUUACCAACUGCUUUCAGCCAGUACAGGGCGGCUCGGACUACUCAUCUCCGGUAUGGCUUCUGCCAUGAAAGCGAGCUGGACAUGCUGGGUGGCCAGUUUGUAGGGCGAGGAUAGUCUUCUCCAGCUAGGCUUCACCCUUGAGAUGGCAGGUUUUUGGCUACGAUCCUCUCUACCUCCGUUUGUUUGGUGCUGAAAUAAUUGCUGUGGUUUUGUUCAGUGAGUUGAAAACUUGAUACCAUUACUUUUCUGUACAUUGUGGAAAUCAAUCAGUUUGCAUUCCUGAAUGAACAAACGACUACCAUUUGCGACCUAUUUGUGUGAAGUGACAGAGAAUCUAUCCUAAAAAUAUGUGUGUUGGCAAUCAGUGUUU